UAUGCCGGGAGGUGGCGGGAAUCUCGAAAUGGCGGAGGCUGAUACAGUUCCUAUUGAGGAGAUGAUGGAGCGGGUUACCACAUGGCUAAAAAAAGUAUUUGGGAAUAAGCCUAUUCCACAGUACCAAAUGAAUGAGCAGGCAGUUAAUAUCUUGUUUGAGCUUGCAGAAUACAACGAAGCCAGAGUCAGAGAUCUUUCUUUGGUGAUAGAGGGCUUGAAGGAAUUGUCAAAGGAAUAUGAAGCAGAAGCUAAGCAUCUAAAGCGCAUUCUCUCAGAAGUGCUGGAUCUUCCCAGUCAAAAGCUCUCUGGGAAAGGCACCAUGUACCUGGAUGUCGUGGUAAACAGCGCAAUGACACUUGAAACGAAGGACACUUCUCUUGCCAGCUUCAUCUGUGCCAUCAAUGAAAAGAUGUCUGAACUCUAUACAUUAGAAUCGGAAAACAAAGGAAUGGAACUGGAAUUGAAAAAUCUCAUGGAAAAAUUAACUACAGCACUGAAUCUGGAAACUCAGUUAGAGAAGGAUCUUAAAAGGACGCAGGAACUUAUCAAAGUAAAAAACAACAGAGCGAGUAACAGACCCCGGGACUUGGAGUUCGUGAACGCUAAAUGCCAAGAGUUAAGGAGCAGGAUUGAAGCUGCUGAGACCGAGCUUGCUGCCACAGGGUUUGACGCGUCGCUGUCACACAGGUCACUGGUGAGCCUGGCUGAGAAACUGAAUAGACUGCAGAAAGAAAUUGUGCCCCUGAAGAAAAAAGUGGACAAGUACCAUGAUUUACCUGCUAAUAUUCCACUUGCAAAAGUGAAGCUUGAAGCAGUAAGACAUGAACUGAAUUGCUUGGAUGAAAAGUUCUCCAAGGCGCUUGAAGAGUUGACCUAUGACAUAUAAAUAUCCAGCAAAUUCUACUGAAGUGGCCUGGAUGGAAGAAGAUCUCCCUUCUAUUUUCUAUUUGCACUAGUAAAAGAUUUUUGCAUUCUUGCUGUACUUCUGCAGCUUUCUGCCUUACUUUUCUUGGUGUUGGAUGGCACACUUGCAACCUUCCAGUAAACAUGCUUGUUUUUAGGAAUUCAUGUACCUUUGUACACAAUAAAAAUACCUAUUUCUCAUAAAACAAUAAACAAUACCUAUUGUAAACAAUAUAUAUUUCUCAUAAAAUAACCCCCUGAACUGUC